CAGUGGGACACCAUCCUGCCCUCCACCAUGAGCUGGUCUCCAAAAGUUUUCUGGAGCUCUUAUGAACCCGCUGUGCAAGGAUGACGCUCGGCUCUUAUGCCCCAAAGAGAGUCAGCCACAAAUCCUCAUGCUCUGCUUGCAAACCAGUUGACUGGAACUGGAAGGGACAGCUGACAUAAGUGAACUUUUUGUCAAAGAAGUCAGCAGCUUGGCAGAGAAGCUGGAAAAACCUAAAUGUUGCCAGACUUGCAUACAGGUUACCAUGACCAACACUGGGCUAGUGCUGGCAGGCAGGCUAAAUUUUAGUAGGUUUGACGAAGCCCCAUACCCAUGGGACUGAACCACAGGAGGUUUCAUCGCCUUAUGAGGAAGAACUGCUUUACAGUUCGGGCGACAGAGCACUGGAACAGGCUGCCCAGAGAGGCUGUGCAGUCUCCUUUGGAGAUACUCCAAACCCAUCCGGAUGCCAUCGUGUGUAACAUGCUCCAGGUGACCCUGCUUGAGCAGCAGGGUUGAACUAGAUGACCUCUGGAAGUCCCGUCCAACCUCAACCAUUCUGUGACUCUGUGAUCUCCACCCUCGGGGAACACAUCAGAAGAGGCCCAGAGCCAACUGGAUCCAGCUCUGGGGCGCGACAGCUCCCGGCCCCAUUUACCGGCUGCCUCCCUACCGAGACCCCACCGGAGGGCCGCAUGGCAAAAGCGCACGGGGGUCGGCACUAAGCUCUCGAACGCCCCGCGGGCUCCCGGCGGCCCAGACCCCGGAUCCCAGACCCCAGACCCCAGACCCCAGACCCGGACCCCAGACCCCAGAGCCCUUCCCGGCCUCGGCCCUCAGCGCAGCCCCGUACCGCCAUGACAAGGCCGGGCGGCCCGGCGGGAGGGGCGGCGGCGGCCAUUGGCUGGGCCCCGCGCUACCGCCACCGCCUCCCGGUGCGGAGAAUGGAGGCGCCGCCGCCUCGGGGCUUCUCCGAGGAGCAGUUUCGGGCCGCCUGCCGGGAGCUGGACCAGGCGGCGCCGGUGGCGCCCUGGCAGCUCCUGGUGGAGAGCAUGGGCGUCAGGAUCUACCGGCUGUACGACGAGCAAUCAGGACUUUAUGAGUAUAAAAUCUUCGGUGGGCUUGCUGACUGUCCCCCAAAACUGUGCGCAGAUGUCUAUAUGGAUUUAGAUUUCAGAAAACAAUGGGACCAGUAUGUUAAAGAACUGCAUGAGAAAACUUACGACGGUGAAAAAAUAAUCUACUGGGAAGUGAAGUACCCUUUUCCUCUCUCAAACAGAGAUUAUGUCUAUAUUCGUGAAUGUCAAGAGAUGGAUUUUGAUGGGCGGAAGAUCUGGGUUGUGUUAGCUCAAAGCGUGUCUGUUCCUCAGUGCCCUGAAAAGCCUGGUAUUAUCAGAGUUAAAAGUUAUAAACAAAGUCUGGCAAUUGAAAGUGAUGGCAAGACCGGAUCUAAAGUCUAUAUGUACUAUUUUGAUAACCCUGGUGGCAUGAUUCCAUCAUGGCUGGUCAAUUGGGCUGCCAAGAGUGGCGUACCUGCUUUCUUGAAGGAUAUGCAAAAAGCUUGCCGUAAUUAUUCUAAGAGAACAUAAGUCACAUUUGAUCUGAAUUAUUUAAUUCCUAAAGUACUGCACUUACAGGAAUGGCUAUUAUACACUGGAUAAAAUCUACCUCUAACAUUGGAAAUAAUUUUAUUUUUGUUGGUUUAUGCCUUGAAUCUUGUUAGACCUUUGUUUCCAUCUCCAAGUGAAGAGCUAGCCUCCACCAAGUUAAUACAACAUCAGCUGUCUCCUUUUCAUAGUACUUAAAUUUUGUCAUGUCCCCCAUGCUUUGCUUACGCUGAUUGCCAUAGGUCAGCUAGAGGAGUUUUAUUGAUUAAAAUAUUACAUCCUCAGGCAAGAGAUGAUGAUUUUCACUAGGAAAAAUGUCUGAACUUGUACUGAAAAUUUUCUGCCUGGAUCUGUCUUUGUGGCCUUGCAGGGUGUCUUUGUACUGAAAUUGAAUAAUGGAUCUUGCAUUGCCUGGGAGGAAACACUUUUGCUACCUGAAUUUAUCAUUCUUAAAAUUGUCUGCAUGCUAUUAACCUAAAAACAAUACAGAGUGUGUAUAGGUAAAUUACGUGAAGUCUGCGGUAGGAGCUGGAACUUUGUUACUAAGCUUCCUUGUGAUGGCUUUAAGUCCAGAUAUAAAAGCACAUGUACCUAAAGCCUAGUGUUCACACCCAGUACCCCGAUAUGAAAAGUACAGAGCAUUAGCUCUGUCUAGCUAGCAAAAAAGGAGGAGUUGGCUUCCGUGGUUAAUUUAAGGGGAACACGUUACAUCUUCAGAGUCAGUAACUUCACUGACUGCUUGGAAAGCAGUUCGGACACCAACUCUAAAUUGGAAGUAAUUUUAAACCGGAUGCCUGCAACUGAUUUAGACAUACUUGUUUCCCUGCUUGUGAAUGAACUUGAUAUGAAACUUGGGAUUGCUUGCAUUUUUAAAUUUCAUGCUGAUAUAAAGAAUGAAAAUGUUCAUUUUGGAUGGUAAUCCACUAAAAUCACAACUGAGCAGGAAAUUAAAUUUGCAGCAUCUUUGCAGGGGGAGUGCAUCAAGGGUGAGGGGGCCUCGAUCUCAGGGAUGUAAAAUAUUCUGCAUCUUUACUAAAUCUGCUCCUGUUGUUGAACAGAUCUUGUAAUGGGGUAGCUUUAUAUUGUUAAAAAAGAAAUGGUUGAAGUGAUUGCCUUUAUACCUUAUGUGAAUGUUUCUAAUAAAUCAUUAUUCUAUCCAUG